UGAUGUAACUGGAACACUCCCAGUCUGUGUUUGAGCCGAGCUCCACGCAGUUCAUAUCACCAGCGGCAGCCUCCACCAGACAUCCACCUGACACCUUUAUCCUUCAUACACCUAAGAGCUGUAACUACUUUUAGGAGCAAUGUCUGCCAUCUACCUCCUCCUCCUGCUCGCUCCACUGGUGUCAGCACAGACCUAUCACUGGGGUCCCUGUCCCAAUCCCAAAGUGCAGCCCAACUUCAAGCUUCAACAGUAUUUGGGCAAGUGGUAUGAGAUCGAGAGGCUGCCUGCCUCCUUCGAGAGAGGGAAGUGCAUCGAGGCAAACUACGCCGUGAGGAAGGAUAGUACCAUUCAGGUGCUGAACAGCGGAUUCUAUAAAGGCAAGGUGGAAGCAACAGAAGGGACAGCAGUGAUUCCAGACCCCAGAGAACCUGCCAAACUUGGAGUUGGCUUCUCUUAUUUUGCUCCUUACGGCACCUACUGGGUUGUGACCACUGACUACACCAGCUUGACCGUUGUGUACUCUUGCACGGACAUUUUACGAUUGUUCCACUUCGACUACGCCUGGAUCCUUGGACGCUCACGCUUCCUGCCAGCGGAGACUGUGAGGUAUGCCAAAGAGCUGCUGAUCAAAGAAGGGGUGGACCUGUCCAAGAUGACGGCCACAGAUCAGACGGGCUGCAAGGAUAACUAGGGAUUCAUAGAGAUAUCCCCCCCUCAUUGCACCGUAACCAGCAACCUUCAUCAUUAUUUGUAUUGCUGCCUUUAAAGACCGAUAUUUAAUAAAAAUUACAACAUUGAUCUUAAUACAAUAUGUACAAUGAAUGACUAAUAUUUGAUAACAUAAUCUUGUAUGAAGCUCAUUUUGUAGUUCAAGCUAUUGUAUUGUACCUUUUAUUGUGAUUAUUACAACAAAAAUAUCUCACUAUGGUUGGUUUUGAUUAAAACAUUUCUAUCCACCAUGA